AUGGCCCCGCGAACAGGCUCGCUGCCAUACUCCUCCCCCAGGACCACCCCCCCCUCACGCUCCCUCAUCACCGUCCUCCCCCCAGCAUCCCUGCCCCACAACCCGCCCCAUGCACGCUCAGCCACCCGCUGCUCAGGAUACGGCAGCCCAGCCGCAUUCAGCCGCGGCAUCCUCAUCCCACUCUACCCCACCCUCGCCGCACAGAUGGCCGCCAUCGCACGCGAGUACGCACUGCCCUCGACCGGCGGAAUGAUGCUCUACAUGGUCGACGCAUCCCCACACGCAGGCGACCUGGCACGCCACAUGAUCGGCGGACCCAAAAUCAGCGAGGCCGCAUGGCAGAUCCUCUGGGCAGCCAUCUUCGACGAGGAGGAGGGCGCAGAGGCAUUCGAGCGCGAGCUGCUCGAGCGCGACCAGCUCUACGCCGAGCCCAUCCUCAGCCCCCACCACCAGGAAGAGCUGCUCGACGAGGAGACCCUCAACAGCAGCCUCGAGGACCUCGCCAGGCACUUCCCCGCCCCGCCCCUCUCCCUCCGGCCCUCCCCCACCCGGGAAGACCCGCCCAGGCGCACCUCAAACACCCAGAAGGACUUCAAACUCGCCGACCAUCUGCUCCACCACUCCCGCUCCCACUCCUCAUUCAAAACCAGCGCCCCACCCACCAGGCCGUCCCACCCCGCCGACCCGCCCUCCCGGCCCUCCUCGGCGCACUCAGCCACCCGCCCGGGCUUCCGAGCCAGCCGGCGCAUCGCCAUCCCCCCCGCCCGCCCACCCGCACCCGGCUCCGACCGCGCCAGCUGCUGCUCCGCCGCCUCCUCCUCCUUCCGCAGACCGCCCCCCCGCAUCGGCGCGGGCAUGAUCGUCGGCAAGAUCGAGUUCGACAUCGACUGCUCCAGGAGCACCGGCCGCUGGUACGAGCAGUGGCUCAACCCGUCCAGCAGACCAAUCCGCAGCUACGACCACCCCCUAAACCACCAAAACCACAACAACAACAGCAACAACAACCACAGCAACAACCUCAACAACAGCAAUAACAACCUCAACAACAGCCACAACAGCAACAACCCCCCGCACACCGCUCCUCUCUCGACUGAGCUCUCCAGACCGCUCCUGCUGCCCAACCUGAUCACCCAACGCAGCCAGUCCGCCGCCUCGUCCGACAAGCAACCCUCCCCCACCCAGCACCACUUCGCCCGCCAAUCGCCGCCGCCGGCCGAGCGUGCCGCGCCCAAGUCGAUCUACGACAACACCCACAGCUUCCUCGCCUUCGACGACCCGGCCCUGCCCACCGACGGCUCCCCGCGCCCCACGCCCUCCCGCCAAAAACUGCCGCCGCCCACCGCGCUCCUCCCGCCGGGCGACCCUCCAGGACGGGCGUUCUAUGGCCGCGCAGAAGACAAGGACCAGGGCCCGCCAGGCGGCGCUUCCCCAGCCGCUGCCGGCCGCAGGAUCGUCAGCGACAGACACCGCCAGGCUCUCUCGCUCAUCGAGGCGCAGGCCAAGCACCAGGCGCUGGUCGAGCAGAUCGACGCCCAGCUGUCGUCGCCCAUCAAGCUCGACCCGCACGCCUUCGGGCCCACAGCCACCACCACGCUCCCGGGCCUGUCCCUGGAAGUCCUGGCUCGGCCGGAGCCUUCGGGGGCCCGAUACACGCGCGCAGCGCCCGAGGACGGCUGCUGCUCGACGGCCAGCUCGCCCGAGAGCGACCCGGCCAACCUCACCCACUCCUCAAGCACCACCGGCUCCUCCGCCACCGACUCCUCCCUCGACCACCCCACCGCCCUCUUGCUCCCCGGGCUCUGGAGCAACAAGCGCAGCUCGUCCGUCGCCAUCGAGGCCAACCUCAAGCAGCUCGAACAGGUUCUCGUCUCCCUCUCCCCGCGCGCCCUGCGCCCCGGCUUCCACGCCCUGCCCUCGCCCUUCCCCGCCGUAGCGGCUGCUGCGCCCGCCGCCACCCCGUCGCCCGACGAGCUGUCCCAGAGCGCACCGGCCAGUGCCGCCUCCGCCGACCUUCCGCGCCCAGGGGUCGCCGCCUUCUUCGACAGCCUCCAGGAGUCCUUCAACCCCCGCGUCCCGCCCCCGCCCUCGCCCCCGACGGAGACGCCGGUGGGCCUGACGGCCGGGUACGCCCGCGACGACCGUCGCGAGGCCCGCGCGCCCUCCUCGCCCCUCCCCUGCUCGCCCAUCUCCACCCCGCCCGUCAUCGGCCGCGCUAACUCGACCACUAAGCUCCUGCCCCCCCGCUCCUCCUCCUUCUUCCGCAAACACCAUCCCUCGCCCUCCGCCUCCGCAGCCGUCCCCGCCCCCGCGUCGUCCACCCCCGACGGCUUCGUCUCCAAGGCUGCAUCCAUCGUCGGCAAGCUGCGCGCCGGCGCAACGCCGCGUCGCCGGCCCAUCCACGACAACUGA